AAGAGAGACGAGAGAGAGAGAGAGAGGAGAGAGAGAGAGAAGAGAGACGAGAGAGAGAGAGACAGAGAAGAGAGACAGAGACAAGAGGAGAAGAGAAGAGAGAGAGAAGAGAGACCCCCAAACAGCCCCCCCCAACAGCCCCUAACAGCCCGCCCCUCGCGCCCCCAACAGCCCCAGCCCCCAAACAGCCCCCUCGCGCCCCCAACAGCCCCUAACAGCCCCAACAGACCCCUCGCCAGCGCCCCACCAGCCCCCCAACAGCCCAAACAGCCCCCAACAGCCCGCGCCGCCCCAAACCCCAACAGCCCCAACGCCCCCAACAGCCCCAACGCCCCCAACAGCCCCCAACAGCCGCCCAACAGCCCCCAACAGCCCCAACAGCCCCCCGCGCCCCCGCCAGCCCCAAACAGCCACCAACAGCCCCUCGCGCCCGCAGGACAGCCGUGGCGAGGCGGCGGGCGGCGGAGGAGGAGGAAUUGGCCUGAGGCUUCGCACGGCCCCUUCCUAGAAGCGAGGGCCGCGCCGCCGUGCAGCCGCCGUGAACGAGAGGAAUCUUGCCGUAGCUCAAGCCUGGCGCAUCGCAGCCUCUUUGUACGCAACAAAUCAAUUAAAAGAAAACAGAUGAAGGUCAAAGAAGAGGUUAACGAGCAGCGAGAGAGACCGGACUACGCACAUACGCAGCAGGAGGCGCCGCGCCGCAGCCGCUCCGCCGCCAGCGAGGACCAUGACUCCUCGUCCAGGCAAGGCGCGCCUUCUUGGCGUCAUGAUGAGACAGUCAGGUGUGGCUCUCAUGAUGGGGCAGGCGACAGCAGUUGCUGCCCCAACUCUUGUCUCAAGUCUUCUUCUUCUUCUUCUUCUUCUUCUUCUUCUUCUUCUUCUUCUUCUUCUUCUACUUCUUCUUCUUCUACUUCUGCUACUACUACUACUGCUGCUACUACUAUUACUACUACUACUACUACUACUACUACUGUUGGUGUUGCUGCUGCUGCCUCUGCUUACACUGCUUUUACUAUUACUUCAUUAUUAUUACUCUACAAAAAAAUUCCCACCUCUACUAUUGCUAGUACUAAUACAAUUGCUGCUACUGCGAUUACUACUAUUAUUACUACCGCUGUUAAUACUACUACUAACACAAUUACUACUACCACUACUACUACUACAUUUGUUAUGGCUACUGCUAGUCCUAGAUAACAAAAGCAAAAAUGAAUAUAACACUUUGUAUUUCAGUUCGCAGCGUGUUCGAAAUGCGAUUCGUGUGACAAGCUAAAUGUGAGACGCGAAAGAGAGCGCUGAUGACCACUCGCCCCGUAAUGAGGAAUGAGCUCGUGGUUCCCUGCGGCCUGAAGCCAGACUCCCCCUUCUGCCCCUCCCUGAAUCUGCCUGCAACGCCGCCUCAAUUGUCACUAACCGCAGGUGUGUUUUCACUUGCUUCGUGUAUUAUUCUUAACGAGAGAGAUAAAUAAAAGAAGAGAACAAAUACGCCUUGUUGUUAUGCAGUGAAAUACUCAUUGCCGUUUCAAAGCAAACUAAAGCCAUGAACACAGCGAGGUAUUGCAAGUUAUGAAUAAUCAUUGCUGCAAUUUCAGAAUGACGUGAUCUUUAUUUUGAUAUAUAAUGUCAUGGGAGAUCGAGGUGGAUUCUGCACGUCUUCUCUCAACCCCUUGUUCUGUAUUACAAUUUAUCUUCGAGUCUUACUCCGCUUCUCUUUCUACUUAUCCUUAGAGUAACGCAAUUCUUACGACGACGAAAUCAUUCAUCCAUUUCAAGUCUUCGCGUGGAUGCAACCCCCCCCCCCCCCCCCGCCUAACACCAUUGGCAACAUUAUCAUCCGGUUUUUUUUUCUUUCUUUCUUUUUUCUCGCCACAUUAUCCGGUCGUGGAAAAGGGAGACUGUGCAGCGAAAUUCCGGCAAAAUAAAUCCAGCAAGAAACGGCGGACCGGCCAGCAAGCGCGGCCACUUUGCUGAAAGAGCGCCGCUGGAAACACAAAACCACAAAGCACAAAGAAUCAGGGCCACACACGCCACGGUCCUUUGUCCUCAAAAACUUAUUAUUUCUUUCUUGCUUUCCUCUCUCCUUUGGGACCAUUCGCAUUGUUCUUAUGGUCUAGCACGCAUGGCUUCCGGGUCUGAAUGCUAACUAUGAUUUCAACGAGAUGCUAGGAAUGAUCACGAUAAAAAAAA